AACAAACGACCUUUUGGGAUCACGGGGGCGUCCAAGUGGGUUGGAGUGGAAUCGCAGAGUGACACAAUGAAGUGACGAAGACGGGCAGCGAGGGCUCCGGUUAUACACGCGCAUAGGAACCGGACGGAUUCGUUGGUGCUGGUGCUGGUGCUGGUGCUAGUGUGGAUGAAUGUAUCACUAUUCUGUGCUGUGUGCUGUUCAUCGGACUCAGUUUAGGGUGCGGUACGCGGGGAAUCAUCAGGCAGGCUUCUAUCUAGGCACUGUCGAGCAGGCGAAAAGUUUUGUUCGCUCGCACAAUCAUCGGUGAACCACCAGACAGUCCAGAAGGAUAGAAAAGUGCUGCAUUUUUUCCAUUACACGGACGAAGAAUCCGGGGACAAAGUCGAAUCGCGGUUGUGCUUUGAUACAUUGUUGGAGGUGUGGUAGCACUAGGUGGAGCGACCGAGCGAAGGAAGAAGCUAAUAUUUUAAUUACCAAUUAGCACACGGUGUUGUUUGUUGAAUAUCGCGGGGUGUUAUCUAUAGUCGCCGUCGCUGGUUCGAGGAAGAAGCGCAUAUUAGUGACGUACUGGUGUUGGAUUUUUGUUGUUGUUGGUGGAGUUUUCAGGCAAUUUUGCAGCUGGUUUCAAGUGCAUGGGCAGUGAAAAUCCUUGGCGUGUCUGGAAUCUGCGGUGAAGGUUGCAGUAAAGAAAAAAGAAACAUCGAUACGCGAAUUGCAACAAAAGUGUGUGCUGAGGGAAGUAAUUUUCCCCUCUUGGAGAAGGUUGUACUUCCCGUUAUUGUGUGAUUUAGUGUUUUCGGAGGGUGCCCGUUCAAUGAAUAACAGCGCUGGAGAAGAUCAUUUCCGUCCAGCCUUGCCACCAGCGUCCCACCAGCCUCAAUAACAUUAGAGCGUCCAAGCAGUCAAGAAUGCCAUUAGCCAACUCGGUGGAUCCAUGGAGAGAGAAAGUCCCACUCAAUAUCGUCGGUAUCGAGCGCACGGCGUGUCUAACUCGAUUUCAGGUCUCCGGAUAGUUUCUUCAUCGUCCCAGGACAAUGUCGAGAUGGUCGUCGAUGAAGGUUACGAUGCGCUGCUCGGUCAGCAGGCGCCCCAGCUCGAUCCGGGCGGGCAGCAACAGCAUCGUCACCACCACCAUCACCACAGCCACCCACAUCAUCACCCCCAGCCGUACGGCGAGCCAACCGGCACCGCAGGGCUGGACGUCGAAGCGAUGGACCUUGAUCCGGCUGAUGGUACGUUGAAAUCGAACGACGAGCAGGAGUUCGACAUCCGGGAUGUGGUGCCCGAAGGUCACGACAAAGCUGACCCAUCGCAGUUUGAAUUGCUCAAGGUGCUCGGCGAAGGCUCGUUCGGGAAAGUAUUUCUAGUUAGAAAAAUUGUCGGCAAGGAUGCCGGCACGCUAUAUGCAAUGAAAGUAUUAAAAAAGGCCACACUGAAGGUGAAGGAUCGGGUUCGGAGCACAAACGAGCGCAACAUCCUGGCCGACGUGGGGAACGCAUUUAUCGUUAAGCUUCACUAUGCCUUCCAGACGCCGGGCAAGCUGUAUCUGAUACUGGACUUCCUGAGGGGAGGUGACUUAUUUACGCGGCUCAGCAAAGAGGUAAUGUUUACCGAGGAGGACGUCAAGUUUUACCUGGCCGAGCUGGCACUCGCGCUCAACCACCUGCACAGCCUGGGCAUCAUUUACCGGGAUCUGAAGCCGGAGAAUAUUCUGCUGGAUCAGGACGGUCACAUAGCUUUGACAGAUUUUGGACUGUCGAAACAGCCGCUGGAUGGUUCCAAAACGUACAGUUUUUGCGGUACGGUUGAAUACAUGGCCCCGGAAGUGGUAAACCGGAAGGGCCACACAUUCGCUGCCGAUUGGUGGUCCUUCGGAGUUCUUAUGUUCGAAAUGCUGACCGGAAACCUGCCCUUCCACGGUAGCAACCGGAACGACACGAUGAAUCAGAUUCUGAAAACGAAACUGGGCAUGCCGGAAAACCUGAGUCCGGAGGCGCAAAGCUUGCUGCGGGCAUUGUUCAAACGGAACCCCCAGAAUCGGUUAGGGGUGGGUGUGAACGGGAUCGAGGACAUCAAGAAGCACGAAUUCUUCACCAACGUUGAUUGGGACGCGUUCGAGCGGAAGGAAGUACGGCCACCAUUCAUUCCAGCCGUUUCCCGUGAUGAUGCGUUCUAUUUCGAUUCGGAGUACACGAACAAGUCGCCAAAGAUUUUUUUCAGAGAUUCACCGGGUGGUCCGGUUAGUGCCAGUGCUCAUGAGAUUUUCCGUGGAUUCAGCUUUAUAGCGCCGGGCUUGCUGGGUGAUGAUACACCGAAUUUCGCCAACGGUACCGGUAGUUUGAUGAAUCAACAGCCGGCGUCGAGGUCUCCGUUUUCUAACGAAAUUCCUGGCGUCAAACCGGGCGCUUUCGGUGAUGAGUACACGUUGAUACAGGAAUUGGGCCGGGGAACGUUUUCGAUCUGUAGGCUCUGUGAGAAUCGAACUACGAAGAAACAUUACGCAGCUAAGAUAAUCGACAAAUCCAGCCAUGACUGUAGAGAGGAAGUGGAAAUUCUUCUGCGAUACGGUAAUCAUCCGAACAUAGUCUCUCUGUACGGUGUGCACGAGGAUACCUCGUACGUCUAUUUGGUGAUGGAGUUGUUGAAAGGAGGAGAAUUGUUGGAUCGAAUUCUCGCCAUCCAGUACAUGACCGAGGUGGAGGCGAGUGCGGUUUUGAAGACGGUUGUGUCGGCGGUGGCUUACCUGCACGAGCACGGCGUAGUUCAUCGGGACCUUAAACCGUCUAAUCUGCUGUACGCCACGGCCAAUCACACACCCGAAUCGUUAAAGCUUUGCGAUUUAGGUUUUGCCAAACAGCUGCGAGCGGACAAUGGGUUGCUGAUGACACCGUGCUACACGGCAAACUUUGUUGCACCCGAAGUGCUGAAGAAGCAAGGUUAUGACUUGGCUUGUGAUAUCUGGUCUCUCGGGGUUCUGCUCUACAUUAUGCUGGAUGGAAAGACACCGUUUGCCAGUACGCCAAACGAUUCACCGGACAUGAUUCUAGCGAGGAUAGGUUCCGGUAGGGUGGAUUUGGAAACUGGAAAAUGGCCUGGCAUAUCGCAGGAGGUUAAAGACCUCUUGCGUGAAAUGUUGCACAUUGUUCCACAUCGGAGACCGACGGCAGCGCAGAUUCUGCGACAUCCAUGGCUUUCUCGUUCACGGUUAUUUUACAGUCAAACAAGUGGAAUACAGAGCCAGGCGCAACAAACCGUGUUUGGGACGGCACCGACAUUAACGGUUGUACCAUCGGGAGAUUACAUCGGUGGUUCACCGGAAAAUACGGAAGCAAUCAAAGGAGCCGUACAUGCUACGUUUCGGGCGAUUUCUUCUCCCCAGGCAGCCAAUCUGGGCCCCGUUGGAAUGUCCGAUCUGGCGAGACGAAGAAAGGACAAGACGAAUCAUUCGUAAUUUUGGUAGCAUUUCCGGAAUGGUCGUUUUUGUUGGGGUGUGUUUGUGUGGCUGCAGCAGCCAGCGUCUAUUUUGUGAAAGUAUGUGUUUCUUAGAUGUAUCGAUUUAAUGGCGCAUGUGAGAAUCUGGCGCGGCUCGUAGCUCUUUUUGGGAUGUUGUUUCUAUUUUUCUUCCGAAAGAUGGUACGAGAUGUCGUCGACUACGUAGAAGGAAGACAAGUGUGUGGUUAGUAAUCUUAUGCUUCCAAAAUUGGCAGAAGAAAGUAUUUGUUCGAUCAAGUCAUUUUAAAAACUUAACAAGUAUGAGAAAUAUCAGAAUCAUAGACAAAAGUUGUGCGGGAUUUCCGUAAAAAGGUGUGCUGUUUUGUUCAAGGUCCUCCACACUUGUUUAUAUUUUUAUUAUGUUUACAGCAAUUUUAUGGAAGUGUGUAGAAUAAAUUUUACGUUUUUUUAGAAUUGAUUAGUUCAGAUUUAAUAAAUUAAUAAUUACAUCCGGUUUGAACAAUCCGUGACUGACACUAACUGUGGCGAAAGUAAAUGCAUAUUUUGGGAAUAUUUAAAUUAUGGCUAGAUGAAGUUUUAACAGUAUUAAAAUCAAUGACUAUCCCGAAAUCCGUGGAUUCCUAGCAGGAAUCCAUGGAUACACUCACAUAAUGUAGUAGUAUAAUCUGUCGAAAUUUUUGUAAAAACACAACAAAGUCCACGCACUGUUCAAUCAUUAUUAUUGAAGCUUUUGGAUGUACAACCGCUCUGUCGCUUUAAUUAGACUUACGUCAAUAGAAAGAGCAACAAAGAUACAAUAUACUGUUAAAUAAAGGAGAAAAA